UAGUCUGUAUUUCUCCAUUAAAAUUCACGGCAGUAGGAACAAGAUGGUGACGGUAAAUCGGUCGCGCUCUUACUUGAAACUGCAAAAUAUCGGUUUUUCAAACAGAACAUAACGUUUCUAAAUAAAGAAAUAUCAUCUUUUGCAUCUAACAAACAAAAAUAUUGACUCGCAGUGCGGAGACAAUGUGUGAUCCUGCAAGUGUAAUCAAAAAUGAGGUUUUGUUUAGAUAACAUUCAGUGGUUCAAUGCAAUACUAAUGUGCGGUUAGUGCGAUUAUUUUUGAAACCAUGUCGAUGACAGCUACAGGUAGAUCUAAUUUUGCCUCUGGAUCUACCAAUGCUGUGGCCCUAAAGCCUAUCGAAGUCCCCCAGGCACUCCAAAAUGGGGAGAAAUUCAUAAAAUGGGAUGAGGAUUCUUGUGUUGGAACUCCAGUAACAUUAAGAGUAGAUCCCCAUGGAUUUUAUCUAUACUGGGUGGACCAGAACCAUGAAAUGGACCUACUGGACAUCGCCAUUAUUCGUGAUACAAGAACAGGGCGCUAUGCAAAAAUACCUAAGGAUCCCAAACUACGGCAGAUCGUCACCAUGGGCUCGCAAGACACCUUAGAAGAGAAAACGAUUACCGUUUGUUGUGCCAAUGACUUUGUAAAUAUAACUUUUAUUAAUUUUUGUUGUACAAGAAAAGAUAUUGCCAGGCUGUGGACGGACUCUCUAAUAACUAUAGCGUAUAAUUUAAACCAAAUCAACGGCACCACUAAAAUGUACUUAUAUAAAGCUUACACCAAGUUGCAACUAAUUAAGGACAAAUCUGGGAGUAUUCCCGUUAAAAACGUUUUAAAAAUGUUUGCACAAAACAAAGAUGACAAGAAAAGGAUAGAAUCAAUAUUGCAGACGUUGGGGUUUCAAACUGGGAAAAAUGAUACGGUAAAUCCGGAAAAAUUUGAUUUCGAGACCUUUUUCGACUUUUAUAUCAAACUUACGAAGAGAACUGAAGUGGAAAAGGUUUUCAAUGAUAUAGUUGGGCCAAAGAAAAUAAUGACCUCCAACCAGUUUGUGGACUUCUUGAAUAAAAAACAAAGGGAUCCACGGUUGAACGAGAUUCUACAUCCGUACGCAGAUUCUGCAAAAGCCAAAGACGUAAUAUCCUUGUACGAACCCAACAAGUACAAUGCACAAAGGGCUCAGUUUUCUUUUGAGGGUUUCCUCAGGUACCUAUUAUCCGAAGACAACAAUAUUAUGGCGGCUACCAAAUUUGAUCUCUCCCACGAUAUGGACCAGCCACUAGCACACUAUUUUAUAAACUCGUCGCACAAUACGUACUUAACCGGACAUCAACUAACAGGGAAAUCUAGUGUAGAAAUAUAUAGACAAUGUCUUUUAUCGGGAUGUAGGUGCGUAGAAUUAGACUUUUGGAACGGCCGAACAGAAGAACCGGUGAUAGUACACGGUUACACGUUCGUACCCGAAAUCUCAGCAAAAGAAGUACUAGAAGCCAUCGCCGAAAGUGCAUUUAAGACUUCUGACUUUCCUGUGGUGCUUUCCUUCGAAAACCAUUGUAAUCCAAGGCAGCAAGCCAAAAUUGCUAACUACUGCCGAGAAAUAUUUGGUGAUAUGUUGUUAGAAACCCCAUUAGAAGCUUACAAAUUAGAACCAGGUAAUCCACUACCACCGCCGUCGGCGCUGAAGAGAAAAAUAAUUAUAAAAAAUAAAAAGAAACACCACCAUCAUCAUCACAAACGAACCAUUACUCCCCCUGAAGCACAAGCUGGCGAGAGUGGCGAAGUUGGCGAAGCUGUUGAAUCUGCUGAAGCUGUCGAAACUAAUCAGAGUGCCGAUGUUGCUGAUGCUGUCGAAAAUGCUGCUGACAGUUCUGAAAAUCCCGAAACUACAGAAAACGCGGAAAUUACCGAGAAUGUUGAGAAUACAGAAAAUAUUGAAACCGUAAAAAGUGCUGAAAAACCUGAAAGUACUGAAAAGCCUGAAAGUACUGAAAAACCUGAAAGUACUGAAAAACCUGAAAGUACUCAAAAACCUGAAGGUACUGAAAAACCUGAAAAUGCCAAGAAUGGAGAUGUUAGCCAACGGGCACCCAAACUUCAAGCUAGACAGGGUUCCAAAGAAUCUACAGGUACGGAUUUCGAUGGUUCAUUUAGUGACGAAGAAGGCGACAAUGCCGAGGCCGGUGCUCCAGCAGAAAUUAAUGCAGAAGAGAGUGAAAACAAAGCACCCGCUACGGAGACUGAAGCUGGAGCUGAAAUUUCUGCGCUAGUCAAUUAUGUUCAACCUGUACAUUUCUCAAGCUUCGAAGCUUCAAAAAAAAAAAAUCGGAGCUACGAAAUGUCAUCGUUUGAUGAAAAACAGGCUACCUCCCUCCUAAAGGAAUACCCAAUCCAGUUUGUCAACUACAACAAGCAUCAACUAAGUAGAGUCUACCCUGCAGGUUUCAGGUUCGACUCCUCCAAUUUUAUGCCUCAAGUAUUUUGGAACGCUGGAUGUCAGCUGGUAGCUUUGAACUAUCAGACCUUAGAUUUAGCUAUGCAGUUAAAUAUAGGAAUAUUUGAAUACAACUUCCGAAGUGGCUAUCUAUUGAAGCCAGAAUUCAUGCGACGCACAGAUCGAAGGUUCUAUCCAUUCGCGGAAUCUACUGUGGAUGGUAUUAUUGCUGGUACUGUAAAAAUCACUGUGAUAUCUGGACAAUUUUUGACUGAUAAGAGAGUAGGGACUUACGUUGAAGUAGAAAUGUACGGAUUGCCGGCCGAUACUGUACGGAAAAGGUUUAGGACGAAGGUUAUACCCAAUAAUGGAAUCAAUCCUGUGUAUGAUGAGGAACCUUUCGUUUUUAAGAAGGUUGUUCUACCAGAACUCGCGUCAAUCAGAAUAGUCGCCUAUGAAGAAUCAGGAAAAUUUAUUGGACAUCGAAUACUACCUGUAGUCGGUCUCUGCCCUGGUUAUCGCCACGUCAAUCUACGCACAGAAAUAGGACAACCUCUUCCCCUAGCAACACUCUUCUUAGAAAUUGUUGUUAAGGACUACGUACCCGAUGGCUUAUCGGACUUUGCGGAAGCGUUAGCAAACCCAAUAAAGUACCAAAGUGACUUAGAGAAACGAGCACAACAAUUAGCAGUUCUAACAGACGACAUGGAACCUACUGAAGGCACCACCGAAGAGCAAAAGAGGAAUACGUUAACUAGAGUAUCUAAAGACAUAACGACCAAUGGCAGUCCGGUACAAAGACCCUCGAUAACAACAGGAAGCAUGUCUGUUGAAUCUACAACUGAUAAUGAAAUUCCUAUCAUACCAGUGGCUAUUUCCACGUCCGUUCCAGUUGAAAACAACAGCGUUAGCAAGCACGCUGAAGUUAAAGACGAAAAAGUUGAAGAACUUGUUGCAGAUUCGAUAGAGAAGAUCUUAGAGAAUAAACUAGUUAAAGAGAAGAAGUUGGAAUUGGAUAAAAAGUUGGAAAAUUUACGAAGGAAACACGAGAAGAAAAAGAUGUCGCUGAGUUCCCAAAAAUCUGCUGACUUUUCCGAAAAGAAAUCCAAACUGGCUAACAUUAAAUUAGUCAAAAGAUUAUCUAGCAAAAAUAUGUCGUCGUGUAGGGUUCGGUUGGAUACGUACCACGGAACUUUUGCCAUUUUUCCUAGAAUGUUUGGUUGUGUUAGUGCCGUCUUUUACACAGAAUCUAGUAGUGCCGAACCACUCACGAGUGUAACUGACGGUCCAGAAACCAGUGGCUGCGAAGCGGAAAGACCCACCAUUCCCAGAAGUCAUUCUGAAAGACUGUUGGCUAUAAAUAAAGAAUUUGUUACGCAGGAAAAAGAACUGAGGGAAAAAUACCACGAAGCUAUUUAUAAUGUUGCAGAAAAAGUUAUGAAGACUUCGCAGUCUAACCAGAUUAAAACAUUAAAGGAACAAUUUGAAAAGGAGACCUCAGAGCUAAUGAGAAAACUUCAAGCUGAUCACAGAGAAGAAGUCAAGGCUUUAGCUAAAAAACAUCGAAACCGUGAACAAUUUACUAGAGUUAAGAGAGAAGCAGUCACAGCUGUAGUCGGUAGAGGUGUAUCCGAACGAGAAAAGCUGGGGCAGGUAUUUGAAACUCGCAAAGAUGAAUUGCAAAGACAACACGAACAAGUCAAGGAACUUUUGACUGAACAAAGAGACAAGGCAAAAGCAGCCCUAACCAAAGAGUUCGAAUUGCGCCUAGCAAACGUGGAAGGAGAGUUCAGUGAUAUUCAGUAGAUUGAAUAUUGGCCGAUUGUUUCAACCCCAUAGUUCUCCGUUUCGCCCUCGAAACGGAGGCAAAACUUUUUGACGGAUUAAAGAAACGGUGUAUGUAUAGGAGUACACUGAAAUUUGAGCUACUUAGUAGUAUGUGUGUUAAAACAGUUAAAGUCUUUGAUAUUCUCGACAAUCAAAUCAAAUGGUUUCAUUUGGUAAUUGUACAACAUUGUUACUAGAAUAGUCUAUUUCGUAGAACGAGAUCUUUCUGUUAACAAUUCGUGUCUUCAACAAUUGGUUGGUGUUCUGAACAAUAUAUGUUUAAGUUAAUGGUUGCUACAAGAAACGUAUACUUCUAGUACUUAUGUGAUUCCUACGAGGUUAUCACCAAUAUAUUGCACACAUGUUGAUAUUGUGUCAUACUAUUGACAAUAGGUAAAUCAUAAAAUAUCUUGCGUAAUACUGUAAAAUGGACAAUAUUGUUUCUGUGCUGUUAUCACAAUUGUACCAUAACCUCCAUUUGACUAAAUAAUGAAAUAUAUUCCAAAGAAAAUUUGUCUAUAUAUGAUGUUUUUAAAUAAGUAUGACAAACUCUAAGGGGUAAUUCUACAUGAAAAAAUAAUGACAGUUUUCUCUACAAACAUAUGUCCACAAAUGCUUCGUUUGCAAGCUACGGGGUGUUGAAAUGUUUCUUAAAAACUGACGAUUUAUUUAUUGCCCCAAAACCGGCUGAGAUACGAAAGGGUUUUUGGCAUAAAAUUGAAAGUUUUAUAUUCGCCAUUGGCGCGCAUACGGGUAAUGGUCUGAAUCUUUUUUAAAGAAAUAAUAGUACGGCACGGAUAUUUUUAAAUUAAAAAUCAUUUUUAAAUUCCUCGUUCAAUUUCUGACAAAAAAUAUAUUCUUCAUUUUUUCAUACGAGGUGCAUUUUCAUGCAAAAAAUAAAACAUCAUUAUGAAAUUUUGCUUUAUUUUAAUAGUUUUCAGUAACUUGAACCAACGACAUUAGUUUGCUCUAUAACACAAAUUCAAUGGUCUGCGUCGCUGUCCAGGGUAUCCGGAACAUAUUAUCAGUUGCAGCAUACGAUAUUUAUCAUAUGUUUCAUAAUAUGACCGAGCGUAUUCAUGAGGUCGUUUUUUUUUAAGACAAAUCACAUGCUAUGAUUUUUGUGAUGAAUUGUCUUAAGUUAAAGUUGAUUUCAUGUAAUCGAAUGAACUAUCUUUCAAUAAAGUCGUCCCAGGAACGCAACUCAUAAAAAUUGGCAAUAUCAUUUUAAAUUCUUCUACUAUAAAAUGUAUAAUAUAUGUCUGAAUUGCCAAUAUGAAUGAGUCAUAUUAAAAUAAAUUAUUAGAAGAAUUUUUUUACUAAGCAACAAAAUUUGUUUAAUUUAUUAGUAUUUUGUAUAAGGGCCCCGAAGAGGAAGUCGAACUGUCGAUAAAAUCAUUUUUCAACAUAAAUUGUGGCUUAUUUCCCAAUUAGAAUAAUAAAUUACAUACCUAAAUGUUACAAAGAAAUAGCUUCAGAACAAUAUUAAAAAUAUGAGUGUGUUUAAAAAUACAUUUAUCUAGAAAAUGCUUAAAUGUAGGUAAUAAUGUACUUAACCGCAAAGGUUUGUUUUUGUUUGUUUGGGUUUAUACAUGGAAUAUAAUGCCAUCUAAUAGUAUCUGGUGAUUGCGACAGAGAUAACUGAGGCUAUUAGGUGGGAAGUCUCUUUCCAAUCGGAGGGGUUUAUCCAAUCGGCGGUAGUGGAAAAGUCACCUGGUCGAUAAACCCAACGUUAUUGGAUAAACCCCGUCGAUUAGAAAGAGACUUCCCAACUAAUAGCCUCAGUUAUCUCUGUCGCAAUCGUCAGAUAGUUUUAGAUGGCAGCGCGCAAUCUAGGUAUUAUAUGUCUAUGGGUUUAUAUUACUGCGGACACCAUACUAAAAUCACAAUAAAGAUGCACUAGAAAUAAACAAACCAAGACACGUCGAAUGUUACGUGAAGCACUUCCAAAUUAUGAUUUACAAUUUAUAAACUUUGUAAUCAUGAUUUGGGAUUUACAAUGUAUAUUAUGAUUUGGGACUGAUCCUUGGAUAGCAUUCGACGUGCCUUGGUUUGUUUAUUUCUAGUGCAUCUUUAUUAUGAUUUUUGUAUACCUAGACCGCAAAAGUUUUGCAUCACCAAAAAUUAUGUUAAUUUUGAUAGUUUCUUUUUUCGUGAACGGAUUAACGGAUUGCGCAACUAUUUUUAUUAUUUUAGAUUUUUUCUUUUUGACAUUUACAGUGUUGGCCAAAUGUUUACUCAAACUUAUCUUUUGGGCUUAUAGCGGGUGGAAGAAAGGAAAUAUUUUUCUUAUGUUAAGCUUGAGAGACCCUCUAGGAAGAAAAAGGUACAUGGUAGGUAUACAUUGAAAUCCGUGACAAAACAUCUCGUAACACGACAGUUCGUAACUUCACAAAUAGUAACAGACAAUUCGUAACGACAAUAGUUCUUAACGGCAACAGUUCGUAACUUUACAUAUCUGUAACAGUACAAUCCGUAACGUCAAAAUUGAAUUAAUCUGUUUAUUUUUGUUAACGUGGAAACUAACUUUUAUUACAGUUACAAUUGAAAUUACGUUUAUCAAUUUAACGUUUCAGCAUCCAACAGGAUAAACAUUUUUGACACAUUUAAUAUUUCGUGGAGAAAUAUAUUGCGUGAAAUAUAAAAAAAAAGAAGUGGUCUUGAAAAAGUACCAUUACCUACUUUUAGUAUAGAAAUGUAUGCAAAAUUCAUGUUUGUAUACAUUUAGUGAUCCUAAAUUCGCUAAAUAAAAAUUAAAUGUUGGCGUUACGAAGUGUACCGUUAGGAACUGACGACGUUACGACUUGUCCGUUACUAUUUGUCCGGAUACGAACUGUUGCAUUACGAGAUGUCAUGGAACAUGACAUUGUACUCAUUGUUCAUUGUACUCUGGAUUUUUGUGAACUUUUGAGGUUAAGUUUAUAAGUAAGUUUAAAACAUUUGUUCAGAUCAAGACCAAUUGUUCGGAAACGAAUUGCCUAUAAACGUCAGAGCGAAGGAUGAACUUGACAGUUUGCCAGAUUGCGCAACAUAACGCUUAUUUUACAUCCAGAUGUGUGAAUCUGACUUCUCGGUAUUUUCUAAAAUGACAAUUGACAAUCGAGUCAACUUCACUCGAAACUCUAGUCUACAUUGAUGUUUGUUGUUAAUUGUGAUAGUAGAAUUAGAUAUUUAGAAAACGUGAUAAGAUAUGCUUCAGAAAUAUAACUUAUGUGUGAUAAAUAGGCAGUGACGUAAGUUCUUGAUAGCAAUUUCUUCCUUUACUACAAUCUACAAUCUAAACUAGUAGAGGAGAGUGUCCUAAUAUCAUACUCUUUCUCUCUAGGACUUUUAUCAGGGAAUAGAAAAAAUGUCAGGUGUCAGAGCUGCGAUGUUGUGGGUUGCAGUGUUUCGAUACUACUACUAUCUAUAAUUUUGCGCCCAUUGUAGGUAUAUAGCCUAUACGUUAUGUGGCAUCACUAGGGGUCACAUACGAAGCUAAAAUUACAGAGAACUUUACUUAAAUCUUACUACUAUUUAUUUAGUAGGUAUAUAAAUAAACCAAGGUUACGAUAUUAGGAACCAAUGCGAUAUUAGGAUCUCUCCUUGACAACUACUAAGUUUAAAUUACUAAUUUAUUUUCACUGUAAUGCAUAAUAUGGUUAAUAUUAUUUGACCUAUAAUUGAUGAAAGUAUUCUUCUUUGUUCCUGUAUAACACAUAUCGCCGGUCCAGAAGAAGAAUGACGUAACUGCAAUUUUUUGUCAAUUCCGUUUAUUGCGUAAUAAACUUCUAAAAUACUUUGUACAGAUGAUACAAAAGCUACAGAGCUGUAACUAUGUGCUGAGCCACUACAGGGUAGUUGCGUCGUUAUUGAAAUACGCGCCAUUUUAGACCUCCUUUCAGAUGAAUAAUGACGCAACUGUAUAUAGCGUUGAAAAUGGGGGGAUUAAAUUAAGAUAAUGAAAUUCUGACCAAUAGUGAUGGAAACAAAAGCCACCGUUGUAAGAAUAAACGCCAUACCGAUGCUCUCGGAUGAUUACUCCUCAUUUAAUCCCUAUUUUAUAUAUUUAAAAAAGGUUUUUUGCUCUCUUGAAUAAUUCUGCUUUUUGCAGUUACGUCAUUCUUCUUCCGGACCGGCGAUAUGUCAAAUAGCUAACACAAUAAACACUACUCAGCCUAGCUGAGCACUAAUAAGGUGACGCUGCCUGUAUUGUAGGUACUUAUGACGUCAUUGCCUGUUUAAAAUAUAUAAGGUUUGUAAGUAAAACAAGUCAAACACCUGUGCCAGUUUUCAAUCUGAAUAUAUUUUUACAAACGCUUUUUUUGUGAAACAAAACAUUUAUCCUAACCAAACAGAACAAUUUGGGAACACUGCAUUUAAUUAUUUUUGAAUGUAAAACCGGCAGUUUUGGAAAAUUUUCCCUGUAAUUUUUUAGUGCUAUGGCUUAAAUGCUUAAAAUAUUAAAGAAAUAUAUAUUUGAACAGUUACAAUAAUUUAUUUGGGAUGUCCAUAUAGUUUAGUUUUUUUCUAUCUAUUACAAAGUUAUAUCAUCGGAACAAGGUGAAGGAGACAUCAUGCGCUAUUAUACAUGGGAUUCAAUAAUAGACGGAUAUAUUAAAUUAUUCUGAGCAGUUUGUAAAAAUAGCAAAAAUAGUAAAGCUAUAACGGUAUUUUUUUGUGGGGAGUAGCAAAAGUGCGUAAGUUUCUCGAUACAAUGUGCUAGAAAGGCCAGAACGAACAAGUGCAAGCGCAAGAGGUAUUGCGCGUGCGCCUGGUAUACUCGACGUCUUACUUGAUUUCUAUCUAUAUAUAAACAAAUCAAAACAUAAAACUAACCUUACAAUCCUUACAUAACUACAAAGUUAUUUCAUAACUGCACGUUUAGCGUCGCGUUAUAAAGUGACAGUUGAUACCUACAUCAGAUAACUCAAGAACUAACGCAAGUAGUUAAGUUAAAUAUUAUAUAUCACACCAAUUCCACCAAGUAUGGUGAAACUGGUGUGAUAUAUCAUAUUCACCAAGUUCGGGUCAAUGUACUGUGUAACAAUAAAGCUCCAACUAAGAUUGGGAGCCAAAUUGUUUCGGCUACGUCUAGCUCAGUCUCUGAAGUGUAAGUACGUCUUACCUUACCUAAUUGAAAAAGUAAAAAUGAGUUUUGGAAGGGACAGAUAAAACAUUAACUAAUCAUAUUCAUUGUAUAAUUAAUAGAUAUGUUAUAUUAAAAGAUAAAAUGAAAGCUUAAUACUGGCAAAGCAAAUCGUGUUUAAAGCUGUAGAGAAAUGUCAGUUGUUAUGACUUCAUAUAGUUGACUGGAAAACUUGUUGAUGGCUUCAGAUGCUGAUUGGAAGAAUUAUAGCUGAAUGACUAGAUAUUAAGUUAGUGGAGAUGGAGGAUCGAACCCGUUGGUAUUUCAAACGGCUAUUGAGUUUUUCAUGAAAGCUGCUAUGCUGCUGCAGUCUUUAUUCCAUAUAUGGUACACCACGAGGCUCAGGAAGUUCCACCCAAUAAAGGGAAACAAGAAAAAAUUAAUGAAAAAAACCCAGAAAAGAUCUAAUGGUAUAAUGAUAUAUGAGUUUAUGAGAAACAUUUCAGAUUAGGUAGGUAUAUACCUAUACGACCGAGAUACAUAAAAGAAACCGCUUAAUCCACUUUAACUUAAAAACUAGAGGUCCAGUUUAGCUCAAAUUUUGACAGAUUAUGACAGUUAUGCUUUAUAAAAAAUAUAAUUUAAAAAAUAGUUUAUAACAAAGUAAUUUGAUAGUCCCGUGAUUUGUUAGUUAAAUUCGGGACUCAGUGAGUUUUAUGUUACUGUAAAGAGUGACUCACUGUUGAUUAUAUUGGUUACCUACCUAUGAUCCUAUUGGAUCGUUAAAAUAUGUUACUGUUUCUACUGCAAGCUGGUCACUAACUCGUUAAAUUCUGAUGGGCGCGCGAUUUUUCCCCAACACGACUCUACCUUAUCGGCAGAGUCUACGAGAAGUGUACGGUAAAUUGAAGAUGUAAUUAAAAAAAAAAGAAAUAUGUAUGUCUUUGUACUCACUUUACCACGCUUAACGAAUUACGGGAUCUGGAUUUCAAAGCAUAUUUUUUUUAUAAUUCUCGUAUCAAAGUUACACGUGAAGUUAGUCGUAUUGAUGACAGUUGGAGAAACGUCCGCGACCCAAUUCUGAUCGCCCAAGAAGAGAUCUAUCUACUAUGGUUCUUCUCAGAGGCAUUUUUCAGUGCGACACUAGUGACAGAAAAAAAGACACGUCCGUGAUACAUACACAUUUAUAACAUUUAUUCCAGUUGUUGAUAGAUGGAGCUAUAAUCGGAAAAGAAAUGAUUUAGGUAUUUACCCAUUAUUUAACUAUUACAUAUCUAUACUUAAUCUAAUUUACUAACCGUUGCACGUCAUCCGCGUCAUAGCCUGUGACGUCGCAUGGUACCAACACGAAAUAUUUAGGCGGUAGGUGUUUCUUUUUUAGAAUCACGUUGCCGAAUACACUGGAAUUACAGCCACUAGACAUAUUUUAUUAUAUACGCGUAGAAAUAAUAUUUGAAGAUUUCUAUUAUUGUUAACCUAAAGAAAUACACAAUAAUAUGUUUCAUUUAAUUUGUAUAAAUGGAUUAUAAAGCGUUUUUAUGAAGCACAUUUACUCGAAUCACACUGUAAAUGUAAUCGAACAAAGGUGACAUUUUAGAAUAAAUUGGUAAAAUUUAUUUGACAGUUACGGUGAUGACACUUCAUAUUUGUUUAUAUUCUUUACUACAAGUAACUGUUUUAUUAUAUUUACUGUUUUUAUUAUUUACUUUACUAUAAAACAUCCUCUACUUUAAAAAUAUAAAUUUCACCUAAUUUUAUCACGACUUGGAAUAAUCGAGGUAUCUGACAACUUUUUUAGUUGUUAUUGUAGACAUAUACAAAGAAACCUACCUGCUCCAUGCCAAGAGUUCGGAGCCGUUUUUUAAUUAUUAACGCUGCAGUGCAAAAACGCUUGCACUGCAAAUCUUAAAAGAUUAUAACUUAAUUCUUGUUCUCUAUUUCUUAAGUUUUUACUUAUUUACAUCGAAUAUUAAUUUGUUUUGUUAUAUAAUCCACGUUUACAAUAAUUAUGUGAUCUAUUUGAUUUAAAAUGGAUUCAGGAUUUUUUUAUACUUUGGCAACUAUGUCAACUUAGAUCUCUGGCGUAGAUAAUGACGUGCAACGGUAAGUAAAUUAGACGGACUGUAUACGACUAUAAUUCAAAGAUCUUCUCAGUCUUUUCAGUGUGUCAUUAAUGACGUAAUAUAUGAUUUUAAGAAUGUAGAGAAUUAUAGCAUGACAUUUGAGAUAAAUCUGACAGUUGUCAGAAUCGUAAUUGUAAUUUGUUAUAAAAACAAAUCACAAAUCAAUUGUGUUUAUUUCAAUUCUAAAAAGUUAUGUUAUUUGAUUUGUAUAGUCUUAUAAAUUGUACAGAUUAUAGUCAUGUAGAUAAUAAUAUUAUUAAUAUAUUAGAUAAAUCAUUUUUUGUUCGAUUAUAGCGCCAUCUAUCAACAACUAGAAUAAAUGUUAUAAAUGAUUUUAAUCACGGACGUACCUUUUUUUCUGUCACUUGCAACUCAAUGCGUUAGAAAGAAAUCGAAAAACUGUGACGCACUGAAAGAUGCCUUUGAGAAGGAGAUUACCUACAUAAUAUAUUUGAAUGAUUAUUCCAAAAAGAAUUCACAAUGCGCAUGCAUUUUGAUGUCCACUAAUACGUGAACCUUCUAAAAUACUUCUAAAUCGUGUAUGUACUUUUUAUUGUGUAAUAAAAAUUAAGAAUUCUUAAAUGUUUCUUUAAUUAUUUUAAGCAUUCGAUCGUUAUUACGAAUUUAAAUAAGUUCUUUUAAGACCAUUGUAGUCAUAAGUUUACCAAAAUUUCAUUUUUCCUAUUAUGUACUAAACCAGAAAUCUCUUUAAACGUAUUGACGGCUUGUACUUAUUUAUCUAGUCACUAAAUGAUGCUAUAAAUAACAAAUGUAUAUACUUAAAAUGUUGUCGAUUCAAAUUAAAGUUACUUAUUAGAAAAAAGUAGAAAAACCUAAUUUCUUCUCAAAACGGAUUACGAUGGUCUGAUUUAUUACUUGUUUUUUUUUAUUCCAGUUAUCUACACCAAUUUAUUUUUUUCACUGCAUAAACAAAUUUAUUUAAAGUACCUACUACAGAAAAAUGUUCCAAGGCGUAAAACUUAUUGCUAUUUGAUAAAAAGUAGCAUAGAAGUAGACAGAACCGGAAAAGAGGCGAAAAAAUUAAAAAAAAAAAAAGAAUGUGUGUGUACUUUGUACGCACGUAAGAAGUUAUACUUCUAUUAUAUGAUUUAAACGAAAUUAAUAUACUUUUUAUUUAUAUUUUGUUUAAAUAUUAAACUAAUUUAUACUUACUACUUCUCAAACAUUUUUAUUAGAACAGUGCCAAAAAUUAAAAUAUUAAAAGAAUAAAACACACACAAACACAUUAAACAAGCCACAAAUGAUGUCUGAACAUUAAUUGUCGAAAAAUUUUUUAACUAAAUACGUAUUUUCUGAAAAUACAAUUAUAUAAUAAAUAUACUUACAAUCAUAAAAUGUAUUAAAAAAAAACAAAAAAGAAAGUUUCUCUUGGGACUCGAACCAGCGCUGAUAACAGCGGUUGGUAUUGGAAUUCAUUCGCCUUCUCCGCUUAGCCACAGACACUAGGUGUCAUUUUGAUCAAAUUAUUUUAAUUUUGAAUUGAAAUGAUUUAGAAUUGAAAAAAUACAACAAAACAUAGAGUAAAAAACAAUAUAUUAGGUGAAUAUUGAUAGAAAUUUUGAUGGUAAUCAAAUUAUAUAAAUAAAAGUAUUACAUACUAUGUAUUUUGGCAGAUCAAAUAGGUAGGUUUAUACCCAUGAUACAUUAACAAUUAUUACGUACCUGUUGCUUUUAAAAACUAUUUAAAAGUCACUACAAUAUUAUAAACUUUUUUGUUUCUGUCCUCACAACAAUAAAACUAAUAUAUUAUACAUUUGUUUACCUUUACCUUUACCUCCAAACCACAGCUGCCAUAUCGGAUAAUUUUUGACAUGUCAUUUGAACAUCCAAUCAGAACAAAGUUAUAAUGCGCAUGCGCCGGGCUGAUAGGUUUUAACAUAUAAAAAAAUCACCCUCUAUCGCCGGUAAAGAAGUAUAACUUCAAUAAUCCGUAAGGUAGAAGCCAAAAAUCUUGGUAUUGCAAUCACAAAGGAAAAUAACAGACCUUAAUUGAAGAAAACAGACCGUAAUCUAUAGGGCUUUUCAUUGAUUGUCAUUUGUUUCGAGCUUCUGUGAUAGUACGCCAGGGAAAUAAGGCAAAAAUAUACCAUGUUCAGGACACUUGAGCAGCCAGGUUGCAAAUGGGUUUUUUUGGGUACUAUGUAUAUACCUAAUACAUUAUAAAUACAAAAAUGCCCGUCACAGUUCGGACGAGAAUUUUAGUUAUUAACAAAAAAGCGUCAAAAAUGGCAUUUUUUUCGUCUAAAUCGCUACAGGUAAAAAUAGCGUAAUUAAAUAUCUUAUUUAUAGUAUUCUUCUUUUAGUACAUGAGCAAAGGUUUAAAAUGGCAGUUUUUGAAUUUUAACCCCAUACUUUGUUGCUUCGGAAAUUCCAAAAUAAAAUUAAAAUUUCGAAAAUGCUAUCACCGUUGCGAAAAUGGCCUUAAGACUUUCAUAUUGCAUGAAAAGUUGAGUCAAACAGUCCAUGUAAUGCACAAAAACUUUAAGACGAUUCGUCAAUUAGUUUAAAUAUUAUUCAAUUUGUUUAUCCCAAAGAGCUUUUUUGCAAUGUUAUUUUUCAGAAAAUAAUAAUGAUAUAGCAAUUCUGUGGAAACCACGUGAAAGAAGAAUAGUUAUAUUUUCAACGCAUUUAAAAAAAAUCAUUAAAAAGUCAUUUUUAUCACCCCGAAAACAUUUUUUUAAAGUAGGGUUAUUUUUGGCAUAUAAACAAUUUGAGUAACAACUUUGUUAAUAUUAACUCUAGACUAAAACUACUUUGGGAUUUGAAAAGCUGGUAUUUUUACACGAAUUUUCAAAAAAAUACCUUUUCGCCUAGGUUAAUCAGGGUCAAAAUUAGCCACUUUUUUUUAAUUCACAGCUACUUUGUUUAUAACAAUUAAGCAAUCUAACCAGCGCCAUUUUAAAGUUCAAGGUAUACGCUCUGAGCUUCGCAGGUGUCGCUCCUAGAGAAUUACUAAUACAACUUUAACCGGUAAUUUUUAAAUUUAUUAUUUAAUUGUUAUCGCUUAAUAUUUACAACGCAAAAAAUAAUUAAAUUGUAAUCGAUUUUUUAAAGAUUUUGCUAAUCAUUUUAACGUUCUAUUAAUAAAAUAUUAAUUUCUUACUUCGGAUACUUUCACAAUUAUCGUGUAGAUGGCGCGUAGAUUAAUUUAUAAUUACAUAUUACGAAAUAUAAAAAAAAGUUAAAUUCAGUAUUUAAAACGUAAGUAUAUUUAAGGUAAAAAUAUACACCACAGCUUUGACCAACUAAUAUUAUUUCCUAUUAAUCUUUUUAAUUUCAAUGUUUUAAAUUAAUCACUUUGACAUUUAUGUCAAAGAGAAGCUUAGUUUUUAAGCCAAAAAUGACUCUACUUUAGUAAAAUAUUUCCGAAAUGAUAAAAAUGACUAUAGAUUUUUUUAGACGGUUUGAAAAUAUAAGUGUUCUUCUUUCAUGUGCUUUCCACAGAACUGCUAUAUCAUUAUUAUUUUCUGAACAAUAAUAUUGCAAAACAAUAUUUCUGAACAAUAAUAUUGCUCUUUUGGAAAAACAAAUUGAAUAAAAUUUAAAAUAAUUGACAAAUCGUCUUGAAUUUUGUUGUGCAUAAUAUGUACUGGCUGUCUCAACUUUUCAUGCAAUAUCAAAGUCUUAAGUUCGUUUUCGCAAAAGUUAUAGCAAAUUUUUUUAUUUUCGAAAUUAUUUUAGUCUUAUUUUGCAAUUAGCGAAGCAAUAAUUGAUCGGACCAAAAUUCAAAAACUGCCAUUUUGAAUCUUUGCUCAUGUACUAAAAGAUGAAUACUCUAAAUAAGAUAUUUAAUUACCCUAUUUCUACCUGUAGUGAUUUAAACGGAAAAACUGCCAUUUUUGACGCUUAUUUGUUAAUAACUAAAAUUCUCGUCCAAACUGUGACGGGCAUUUUUGUAUUUAUAAUAUAUUAGGCAUAUAGAAACCAAAAAACCCAUUUGCAACCUGGCUGCUCAAGUGUCCCGACAAAAACCUUAUUUCUCUGGACUAUAAGUCGUAUAAUCCGUGUAUAUUAAUAUUAAACGCUUUUCGAGCGUUUCGAGCUUCUGUCAUAUGUUGUAUAAUCUGUGUAUAAUAUUAAUAUACACGGACUAUACGACAUAUGACAGAAGCUCGAAACAAAUGAAUGGGAAUGAAAAGCCCUAGGUAUAGGUACUACUCACUGAUUAAAUUUACUAAUGUCUGGAUAUCUUGUAAAUUUUCUGAAAUAACGGCUGUAUCGUCAACGUAUCUGAUAUUGUUGAUUACUUUUCCGCCUAGUCUUAAUUCCUCCUAUCUGUCAGAAGUCUCUAAGACUCCCUAUCUAAAUAUUUCUUCAGAGUGUAGAAUAAAAGACUGGGUGAGAAAACCCUGUCGUACUCCACAUUUGUUGAGGCUACUUGAUUGUAAUACAGUGGAAAAGUAAUAACCGGCAAAAUAACGCAAAAGAUGGAAAACAUACCUAAUACAUUGUGAAAUAAAAAGAGAUGAAACUAAUAGAGGUGAAAAUUAUCAGUAGUAAUUGCACAAGAGCUAUAAAAUUCUAUAUUAAUUUUAGAGAUCGAGUGCAAUUUGUUGCGAUUAUUUCAUGAAUAAAACUGUUCAACACCAAAAUUUUAUUGUAAUUUAUUUAUGUAAGUACAAAUUAGUACAACUAAACAAACAGUUGUUAUAAAUAUUAAUUUGACGGUUGAAAGUCAUCACUUUUGUAAUUUUUAAAAUAUUAAUUGUCAUUAAUGUCAAUGAAUGUAUUCUUUCGUAGCAACGAAGGGCAUCUGACAUAAUAUACUUGACAACGGAAUAUUAUCAAAAAUUAUCGAUUUAAUUUAGAUUUCUGUAGCUUUCUAUUAGUCAGAAUCUCCUAUAAAUGAAAUAAUCGAUAUAAACGUGUACAUUAACAUUACAUUUAGACGUCUGUGACAGAAGUAUGUUAUAAAAUUCUCCUGUCACAGUGACAGUUGUCAUACUCCUCCGAUACCUCUAAAGGUGGGAAACUAUGUAAUGUAAUGUUAAUUAUUUAUACAAUUAUAUCGAUAAUUCCACCUUUACUAGUUUCAUCUCUUUUUACUUCACAAUGCAUUAUAUUUUCCAUCGUUUGUAGUAUUUUGCCGGUUAGUAGCGCGCUCAUCACUGUAUAAGAAUUUUAGUAGUUUUCUAGUAGGCAAUAAAAAGUAAGUCUUGUUGUACUCGGUCGAAUGCCUUCUCAAAGUUUAUGAAACAAACAUAAACGUUCUUUCGGAACCCCCCUUCAGGGGUCACUGUUCCUCAAUCUUCUUCACCACUCAUUUCUGGCUAUCGUGUCUUCUUCAUCUAAACUUUUCUUUCUCAAGUCCUUUGUCACACGGUCCUUUUAUCUUCUUCUCUGUUUUCUUCUGCCUCUAUUUCCCUCAAUUUCUAACAGCUCUAUAGUUCGUUCCACAUAGUUUUUUAUUUCUACGUCUUAUGUGACCAAACCAUUCCAGUAUUUGUUCGUGAACCUUUUUGAGAUUCUGAGGUGAAGUGAGACUGUACUCACUUUGACCCUUUCCCUAAUCACUUGGGUUAUUCUUGAUCUUGUUCCUAGUCUAACUCAAAGUACACCGUAACAUUUUUAUUUCAGCCACUUUCAUCUUAUUUUCUUGAGCUCUCUCUACAGGCCACACUGACACCAAUGUAGGCCUCAUCAUAUUCUUAUAUUAUAUUUUUACUUUUAGUACUCUCUAAGCUAUGGGCAAUUACUCGAUCUAUUGUUCCAUUUUGCGUUAUGUAGAAGCCAAAGGUUUUUAAAUUCUAUGUCCCCAACCAUUCCUGUUCCUCCCAACCACUCCGUUUUCGACCUGCUAAUCUUCCCUCUUCAAUCCUUUUUCCAACCAUCCAACAUUUCUUUGCUCUCCUCCACUAGAGAUGUUGAAAAAGUAUCUAUUCGUUACAAAGUACUCGUUACUUACGAAUACCGAAAGUAACGAUCACUAUACAGAGAUGCAAAUCGUUACUUUGAUUACUCUGAUUACUUCGUUACUUCGUACCAAUCGUAUCAGAGGGAGUAACGACUAUUGUAUCUACUUUGAUUACUUCGUACCAAUUUAUCUACAUCUAUCGCAUCUACAACCAGUACACUUGAUUACUUUCUACCAAUCGUAUCCCAGCGAGUAAAAACAGAUCGGUGAAGGUCGUUGUUAUAUCGGAAUCUUCGUUUCUUCUUCACGUGCCAUAUCAGAAUUAUCCGACGUUGGCGAUCACCAUUGCGAAGGCUUCUCGAUGAGCAUUUGGUAUCUGAGUCCAUUCUCGAAUGUUUUUUAACCAAGAAACUUGUUUUCUUCCUACACCUCUACGGCCCUCUAUUUUGCCAUUAAGGAUCAGUUGUAAUAUUUUAUAUCGACUUCCCCUCACUAUAUGUCCCAGAUAAGACAUUUUUCGAUGUUUAACAAUCAUUAGCAGUUCUCUAUCUUUGUUGACCUUCCUUAGUACUUCUUCAUUAGUUUUUCUUGCUGUCCAGGGUAUCUUCAGCAUCCUCUAUGAAUCCACAUUUCCAAUGCUUCAAUUCUGUUCAUGAUCAAUACUUUUAGCUUCCACACUUCUGCACUAUAUAAAAGUACGGACCAAACAUAGCACUUGACCCUCUUUGUCUUAGUUCUAAACUGAGAUGAUUAUUGCAAAUAAAUUACUUCAUUUUCAUAAAAGUAGUUUUAGUCAUUGCUAUUCUACGUUUUAUUUCUAUGUCUGGAUCUAGUUGGUCCGUUAUCACAGUUCCCAAAUAUGUCACUUUGUGAACUUUCUCAACUUCGACUCCGUUUAAUUGAAGCUUUACAUCGGGAUGUGGGUCACGACUAAACACUAAAAAUUUGGUUUUGUUUGAUUUUAUUUUAAUGCCAAUUUCCUCUCCUACCUCGUGAAUAUGAUCAAGCAGAAUUUGGAGACCUUCAAUAUUAUCUGACAGAAUUACUGUAUCGUCUGCAUAUCUUAUCACAUUAAGUAGUUCUCCGUUGAUUUUUAUUCCAUAUGGCUGUCUCUCAAGUGCCUUUUUAAAUAACUGGUCAGAGUAAACAUUAAACAAUGGUGGUGACAAAAUGCAACCUUAUCUGACUCUUCGUUGUAUGGAGAUUUCAUCGGUGUAGUUAUCUCCAAUUUUGACCGUAACAGUUUUAUUCCAGUACAAAUUUUUAAUGACACUAAUAUCUUUGUCAUCUAUUCCGAUAUUUUUCAGUAUUUGCAUUAAUCUUACAUGCUGUACUUUAUCGAAUGCCUUUUCGAAGUCCACGAAACAUGCAAAUACAUAUUUUCUUUGAUCACGGCAUUUUUGUAAAAGGAUGUUAAGCGCAAAAAGUGUCUCCCUGGUACCCAUAGCAUUUCUAAAACCAAAUUGGGUAUCUUCGAGAUCUUCUUCGCAUUUGCGUCUAAUUCUGUUGUGAAAUAUUCUUAGGAAAAUCUUGUGUGGCUCAUUAGGCUAAUGAGUGUGGUUCAUUAGGCUAAUUAAUUGAUAUUCUGAGCAUUUUCUCACAUUGUGUUUUUUAGGUAUUGCGACAAAGAUGGAUUUGAGCUAAUCUGUGGGAAUCACUCCGGUGUUAUAUAUUGAAUUAAAAAGUCUUACUACCACUUUUAUGUUAUCAUCCUCUAUUAGUUUCAGCAACUCAGUUGGUGUAUCAUCUGGACCACAAGCUUUUCUAAUUUUAACACUAUUUAUAGCGUGUUCUACUUCGCAUUUCAUAAUUUCUGGGCCGUCAAUACAGUUUUGGUAGAAUUCGGCAAUAUUAUUCCUGUCAUCUUCAAAAAACUGUGAUAUAUACAGUUGCCAUUAUUUUCUUAUUUCGUGCUCAUUUACAAUAAUUUUGUUAUUAUUGUCAACGAGCACAGAGGGAACUCGUUUUUUAAAUAUGUUACUCUUAUCUUUUUUAGUUUUUUGUGCACAUUAAAUAAGUUGUGUCUAGAUAUCACAUCCUCCAUUUCGUCGCACCUUUCUCCCAUCCAUUUUUCUUUGGCUAAUUUGAUCUCCUUUUUUAUUCUUUUCUGCAGGUGUCUAUAUUCUGUUUCAUUAGAUUUGAUCAGUCGUCGUUGUUCCAUCAAUUUCAAGAUGUCGUCUGUCAUCCAUUUAUUUUUCUUGAUUAAGCUUUUUCUAUAAUUAUUGUUUGUGGAAAUUUCGUUAACUUGAUUUUUAAAUUCACUCCAUAGUUCUUCUGGAUCUUCUAGUUGUUCUCCGAUGUUUUUUAUUCUAUUGUUAAAUUCUUUUUUAAUGUUAUGUUAUAACGGAUUACCUAUACAAAAUACCUACCUACUGAGAAAUACGAUUCUCGUUAUGAUUACCGUUACACAAAUACAAAAGUAACAAAAGUAAACACAGUAAUCAAAUCAUUUUUGUCCCCUAAACAGAUCGGUGAAGGUCGUUGUUAUAUCGGAAUACCUAUACAAAAUACCUACCUACUGAGAAAUACGAUUCUCGAUAUAAUGAGUACCGGUACUCAAAUACAAAAGUAACAAAAGUAAUCAUAGUAAUCAAAGUAACGAAUACUGUAAAUUAUUACUUUAUAUAAAAGUAACGAUUUGUAACGAAUACUCGAAAGUAACUAUAAUCAACAUCACCAUCCUCCACUACCACAAUACCCGCAAAGAACAUUGAUCAAGGGGCCCCCUCCCUUACCUUCUCGGGUAGUAAGUACAUACAUAAUAAGGUGAAACAGGUAGAAACUCGGUGAAAAGUCUUGAUCCAAAACAAUCGUUACUGGAAAACUUUCGGCCAAUCCAAUACAAGUCUUUACUUUUGUGUACAUAAGUACUUCUCAGGAAACCCAUAUACCUCCUAUACAUCUCCAUUGCUCCUGUCUAGGAACUAUUUCGUAAGCCUUCUUAAGAUCCAUAAAAACAUAAAAUACAUAAAUAAUUAAAAAGUAAAGAAGUAAAAAACCUUUGUUAUUUUUAAAAUUAUUUCUAGAAACAUUGAAGGUUGUUGAUACAUUGGUUGUAGAAAACUUGGAAUAAAAACAUUAUUUUACAGCGAUCAAAAUUCUCUACUCGCUUUCUUUGAAACAGGGUACGACCCGCCUUUAUAAACUCCUCUCUUUCAUUAUCAGUAUUUAUGAUGGUUUUAAUAGUGCCGCCUAUAAUAAUUCUAGGAAAACAGGACUUUGUAAAGUAUACUUCUUACGUACAGCUAAGAAAUUGCACACGUCCUCUUGUAGUGAAAUCACUGAAGUUGGAUAUGAACUAUUUCCUCCGAUUUCGGUGAACCUCCAUCGAUUUUAAUGAAAAUUGGUGAGCGGUUAGAGGAUACAUCAAUGAACUAAUAGUGGCAUGGAACCAACUUGCGCUUUUACCCUGGAGGUGGAUGCCACUUCUUCUCUAUGGGUGAAUAUAUAUUAUUUUAUUAAAAAUUACCCAAUAAAUCGACAGAGCGACAAAUUCUAAGUAAAAUUUAUUAUAUAAAGUUAUUAAAAUAAAUGAAUACUUUCUGAGUUAUUAAAAAUUUUAAUUUUUAUUGAAAAAAAUGUAUGUUUCAAAGCGGUUUUUCAAAAAUAACUCAAAAGGUUUUUCCAAAAAUGUAUCAUUACCAAAAUUGUAGCUAAUAAAAAAUCGAAUAAAUUCCUUACUUGAAAAUCCUUUUAAUAUUAAUUUAAAGUGAGUUAUAGGUAGGUAAUUUUAUAUAUAUUUUUAUCGGUGAGUACUCAAAUUUAAGUAUUCAAGCUUAAAUAACAGGAACACAAUGCAUUUUAUUAACAUAUUAUACCCUCUAAGCCUAAGCACUUGUAAAAGUACUCAGAAAUAUAUAUCAAACGAGCUUCCGAAGAAGUUGGUAGCAUUAAAAUUUAGACUCCAAAAUUUUUUCCAAAAAAAUGGUAUUGUUUUUUUUUUAGAAUAACUACGUUAAUUUUUAUAUCAGGUUCAUCGAAAACCGUUUGAAAGGAAAUUUAAAGGGCCAUAGAAUCGUAUUAAAUUUAAUCUUUUAAAUCGCUUAUUUUUUUAAAGAAAAUAGAAUAAAGGGUUACAUGGUUCUCGCAGUAAAAUUUAGGCUUUAAACGUUUUUAUCUCGGAUUUUUUUAUGGCACAAAAAUAAUAAAGAUUGUUAAAGAGUGUUAAAGAUUUUUAUGUUAACGAUUAAAUUUGCGGUUCGACUAUAAAAAAACGUUUUACGAAUAUCUUUUUUUUUGAGUUAUUAUCAAAAGAAAAUAAAAUAAAAAAAAUUCUAUUUUUUUAAAUCAUACUUUUUUAUUCAAAAAUAUGCAUUAUGCGGUUAAAAUUUUUGACGUCAUUACAGUAUGCUAAAACAAAGAAAGUCUUGUGGGGAUUACCUACUAUACAUUUUAAUUUAUGUGGAAAUGGCAUAUUUUUCAUUUUUUCCUAAAUAAUUCGAAAAUGGUCGUUUAUAAUUUUCCCAUGAUUUAAGCUUAAGAGGAAACAGUAGCGAUCAACAGGUAGCAAAAACGCGUUCCAAGAUUGCGGCUGUAAUUUUGAAUAUUUUUUCGAGAUAUUUGGCACACGCAUUGGUAAUAUAAUAAAGAAUGGCGGUACAGAGCCAAAUUUGAAAAAUAUAUUAAUAUGUGGAAAUUACUCUGUAAUUAAAUACAAUAUUAAAAAAACGAGCCUGUACCGCCAUUAAGAAGAACAAAAAAAUACACUUUCUUCAAAUAAACUUUUUUAUACGAUGCCUAGAUUUUGUGUCAUUUUGGAACAACUAAUGAAAUAAAAAAUUUUAGUAGUUCCAAAAUGACACAAAAUCUAGCCAUCGGAUAAAAAAGUUUAUUUGAAGAAAGUGUAUUUUUUUGUUCUUCUUAAUGGCGGUACAGGCUCGUUUUUUAAUAUUGUAUUUAAUUACAGAGUAAUUUCCACAUAUUAAUAUAUUUUUCAAAUUGGGCUCUGUACCGCCAUUCUUUAUUAUAUUACGAAUACGUGUGCCAAAUAUCUCGAAAAAAUAUUCAAAAUUACAGCCGCAAUCUUGGAACGCGUUUUCGCUACCUGUUGAUCGCUACUGUUUCACCUUAAAUACUUAGAUUUGAGUACUCGCCAAAAAUAUACAUUCAAUUACCUAUAACUUAUUUUGAAUUAAUACUAAAAGGUUUUUCAAGUAAGGAAUUUAUUCGAUUUUUUAUUGUCUUUAAUUUUUGUAAUAAUAACUUUUUUUUUAAUUUAUAGUUUGCGAGGUAUUUAUGAAAAACCGCUUUAAAACAUUCAUUUUUUCACGAAAAAUUGAAAUCUUUGAUCUUUAAUAACUAAAAAAGUAUUGGUUUUAUUUUAAUACCUUGAUGAAAAAAAUUUUGCUUAUAAUUUCUAUCUCUAUCGAUUUAUGGGGUAAUUUUUAAUGAAAUAAUUUUCACCCCUAAGAAGGGGUUUCCUCCACACCCAGGAUAAAAGCGAAAGUUGGCACCCUGUCACUUUUGUGUCUCUUGAGGUAUUCUCUAACUACUCACCAAUUUUCAUGAAAAUCUAUAAAGGUUCAACAACAUCGGAGGUGAAAACCAUCAGUGAUUGUACUAUUCAGUUAGUUUCUUGUACGGACUUCUAUUGUCAGUUAAACGUUCUGGUAGCUAACAAGUCUUAAAUGUUGUUACAAUUGUAUAUAAAAUAAAUUUAAAAUCCUGCCUAGGAUUUACUCGGAAUGUGUAUUCAAAUAGAAGUUUUUAGUGUGCAGUAGCUGUAGGUGGGCAGUUCAUUUAACAAUAUAAUGUAUGAUCCAAUACAAUUUUGCUAUAAAUGUUAAUACUUUUAGAGGACUUAACUACGUAUUCUAAUAAUGAAAGAGUAUAUCAAUAAAAACAAAGAGUUAUUAUGA